UGCGGUCCAGCCGGGGCUGGCUCUGCGCUCCCCCAGCCGGCGGCGGCUGCAGCGCCCGGGCUCCUCCGCCUAAGCCAGCCCCGCUGCGGAACAACGCCGCCGGGGAGCCGCCGGACCACGGGGCAAGUUGGACGCGAUGCCGGAGACUGGCUGGCUGCGAGGCAGCCUCGCCUCUGGAGCUGCCGCUUGCUUUGAACGCUGAACCCCGGGCGAAAGCUCCACUCCCCUGCCGCGGGGGCUGCCGGAGGUGGAGGGAAAGGGGUUGCCCGGGACUCGGCGCUGAAAAUGUAAUCCAGAGGAGCUGCUCUGGCUAGGAGACUGCUGACCUUUUCGUCCAGGUUGGCCUGUGACCCCCCCCACCCACCCCACCUGGCAGCUUGACACCCCGAGCCCGCUAGACCACCCCUCUGGUGUCCCUAUGGAAGCAGCUGUUUCUAUCUGAGACUGGGACCGUAUGCAGAAGUUGAGGAGGGGGAUGGCUUGUCCUAUUCAUGAAGCCUGCAUACUUCUGUUGCUAAUACUUGGGUUGGUCACUCCAGCUGCCAUCAAUCAUGAAGACUACCCUGCUGAUGAAGGCGACCAGACCUCAAGUAAUGACAAUCUGAUCUUUGAUGACUAUCGAGGGAAAGGCUGUGUGGAUGACAGUGGCUUUGUAUACAAACUGGGAGAACGUUUUUUCCCGGGGCAUUCCAACUGUCCUUGUGUCUGUACUGAGGAUGGACCUAUUUGUGAUCAACCAGAAUGCCCUAAAAUCCACCCAAAGUGUACUAAAGUGGAACACAAUGGAUGCUGCCCAGAGUGCAAAGAAGUGAAAAACUUUUGUGAAUAUCAUGGGAAAAAUUACAAAAUCUUGGAGGAAUUUAAGCCCUCUCCAUGUGAAUGGUGUCGUUGUGAGCCCAGCAAUGAAGUUCACUGUCUUGUAGCAGACUGCGCAGUUCCUGAAUGUGUCAACCCAGUCUAUGAACCAGAACAGUGUUGUCCUGUCUGCAAAAAUGAUGUUUUCAGAGAACUAUCCACGAUGACUCCAAGAUCUUUAAAUGGUCCAAACUGCUUUGCAGGAACCACCAUAAUUCCGGCUGGCAUUGAAGUGAAAGUGGAUGAGUGUAACAUCUGUCACUGUCACAACGGGGACUGGUGGAAGCCUGCUCAGUGUUCAAAACGCGAAUGCCACGGCAAGCAGACUCUGUAGAGGCAAAAUCCAGACCAAUGACAAGUCUAUUAAAAAGCAAACGUAACGGCUUCUACACUGCACAUGUUAAACCUCCUGCCAGCUGCAAUAGGGUCACCAGCAAAACCUUUUAGGGUUAACAAAAGUGAAUAUUUUGCUAACAGGAAAGUUCUCACACACCGUAUACAGAAUAUAUAUCCAGUAGCUAGAUAUCUAAUCUGCUUUUGCUUGAUGGGGACUCGAUAGCUGAGGUUUUGGAAGGGAAAAUACCUGCACAGGUUCCUCCACUCAUAAUGCCUCCACCGUGCCAAUUAACUUGUAGCUUUUCCUACAAUGUGAAUUGCAUUUUCGCUGUUGUGAUUUUUUUUUUUUUUUUAAGCAUCUUCCUAAACUUUUUCACAGCCAGGGUCUUCUGGGUAAUAAGAUUAUGGGUAAAACAAGAAUGAACGCUUUUUAAAUGUCUCAUGAUGCUAAAAAUAGAGAUGGGAGGUGGAUGGCUGGAUAGAUGGAAUAAAUCAAACUGGACUGUAAACUACAGAAAGGUCAGGCUAGAUACCUAGAUAAAGAGGGAUCGGCCAUGCGCUAGGAACACUCUGUCUGUGUUACGCUUUCUCCACCGAGUGGGGACAAUCAAGUUGAAGAAAUCUACACAAUAAUCACGACCGAUACGUUAAAGCUGUCAAUCAAAUCACUAAAUGAUGCCGGAUAACAGCAGUAGGUGGACACAACUCCCUUGAUACCGUUGAAGAUGAUGGGAAAACACAAAUCAAAAUAAUUUGGAAAAUGACAAACACUAGAUUUGCAGCCGAGGUUGAAACUGUGCCCCAUUUGUCACCAGCAUGGAUCAAGCUCUUUGUUUUGGGCUGUUCGUAAUCACUUUGGAUACACAUACAUUCCUGGUGUACGUGUGCUGCCUUACACCAGCGAUUAGUUCGGCCCUUUGUGGCUUCUGCUAGCAUAAACUGUUGGCCCAAUGUGCACAGACCCACUGUGAAUAUGCAUUGAUCAGCAUUGACCCUAGCCCUCUGAUUUGGUUUCAACAUGCAGCUACGUCUGCAUGUACCUUGUCACUGUGCCAUCACCACUCUGCCUCAAACCCUAGUCUCACUGAAGUCAGUGGCGAAUUUCACUUGACCUCAGUGAGACCAAGAUUUGGCCACUGUUUCUGUUUCAAGUGCAGAUCUGAACACAUCUCUGACCAGCCCCCCAGUGAGAUUUCUGCAGCUGUUUGCUGGAGAUUUUUUGUUAUGAAUUAAAAUAUUGGAUGUGAUAAAAAAAAAUGUUAAAAUCACAAAACUGCCCCAGAGCACCCGCAGAAAGAGUGACAAUGGACAACUGGUUGUUCACAGAGCAAGCUAAACCUAUGCCCUCACUAGCAUACAUGGUAUGAGCUGUUGCCUAGUGUGUUCUCCUGUCCUAUGGACAGUGGACAAGAUAUGGUUUCCUGAGAACACUCUUAAUGAGCCCCUCAUUUUCUCACCAUUCCCCAAGGCCUGUGCCCACACGGCCAAGGAACCCAUCUGUAACAUCCCCACUCCCAGGAGGUGAGCAUGCUCCUUGCAUCUCUGACACGCCUAGACCCUAGCAGCCCAAGAGCAAAUGAUCAAGUUUAAAUGAGCUCAUCCUGGGACUCUUCCCACUGACUCCAGUGGAAACUGGCCAAGGCUCAGACUGGUGUGAUGUGCUACCAGUGAACUAGGCCCGCAAAGGCAUAUUUCCCUGGAUUUACAGCAGCACUUGUCAUACAAGGCCAGAUUAUUAACCUCCUCUCCAUGCUGAGUCAUACCUUCCUCCUGGUGUAGCUCAAUUGAAGCCAGUGGGCCCAAUCACAAAGCAAGGUGCUACUCAGCAUGAGACAGAGGAUCUGAAUGUCUCCCACAGACAUUACACGUCUUCCCUCCUAAAAGCAGCUAGUUCCAGCAAGAGCCAUUCCUAAAAUGAACGUGGUGAGGGGUUGGCCCUCCAACGCCUUGAGUAAACUGGUUUCCUUGCAGUACAAAUAGCUUUGCCAUCGUGCAGACCACCAAGAGCCCUUUCUGCAGAGCACUGAUCUGCACCCAGGUUGGAACUUUACUGUGGCAGCCAUUCAUAGAUAAUAUGCGAUCUUGAAUCAUUCAUGAGCAUCCCUGUGUGAUUUAGUCAUGCCCACACAAAGUAGAGGCAUUCCAGGCUUUCUGUGCACGGAGAGACAUGGUUUCCUUUGCACUAAGGUAGCCUAGUGUCAGCUUUGAAAUUCACAUUCGUGGGAAUAAAAAAUAAAUGAUGUGGCUGGGGUGGA